AUGGGCUUUGCAUGGAAGCGGCCCAGCCGCCACAGUCCACUUUUUGAGGGUCAGAGCUCCAAACAAAGAGACUUUACUCGUAGCUUCCUUGAGGACAUUCAAGCUCGGAGACAUGGAGCCCCGCACUCAAGUCAACGGCUUUACACGCCCUGCUCUUCAUCUAGAGCCAUGGCUUCUUGUCUGGACGACACGCUGGCACAGCACCUCCUGGGGGUCAGGCCGCAGCGCUUGAAAGUUCCAGCUCUUCCUGGACCCAUCCUCUCCCAGCUGGCGGACCUCGCGGAUGCAAGGCGUCGCCCCGAAGUCUUGGACCGGCUUGUGGAGGCGCUGAGACCCAGCCAAGCCGAGAUUGCGGAGUUCCUGGGCUCGCACGUGGUGAAGGCCUUCUCUGUCGGCCCUGCCUCUCGGGGCCCUGCGCAGCUGCGUGGCGUGGAGGUGGCGCCUCUGCCCGGCCAGGGCCGGUCCUUGCUGGCGAAACGCGACCUCCCUCGAGGAAGCGUCUGCAUCCAGGAGCAGCCCCUGGCGUCUGUGGCCACGGGCAGCGAGAAGCCGGAGCUGCACGCGGAGACGCGCUUGGCCUUGCAGCUCUUGGCAGCUUCGAGGGCCGGGCUGGCGGACUUGGCGAAGGACCUGCUGGACCAUGGCGGCCGAGACCCGUUGGCUCUGAAGAGCCGGGCCGUGGUCGCCGUCUGUACGGCGCUCUGUAUUCCGAAUUUACCUGCCUCGCAGCUCUGCCGGGAAGCAGAGGAGGCCUUUUCUUGGCUCGGACGUGUUCGCAUCAAUGCUGUGGCAGUCACGGCUUUGGCUGAGAGUGGCUCUGGUGAGUUGACGAGCACCAAAAAUGCCCUCGCCCUGUAUCCAAACCUUGCAAAGAGCGUGAACCACGCCUGCAAGCCAAAUGCCUUGCUCCGCUUUGACAAGGACACCAACGGUGUGGAAGUCGUGAUCUCCUCACCAAAUGGAGUCAACGCUGGGGAGGAAGUGACCAUUUCUUACGGCCCUACAGGCGCCUCACACCUGCGCUCAGAAAGACAACAGAAGCUGAGCAGCCAGUACGGUUUCGACUGCCUUUGCGAAGCUUGCGCCUCAUCCGUGCAGGACGAGGACUUCCAGUGGAAAGAACGGGCCAGGCAGCUUGACCUGCGUGCGGAGGAGGCCGCCGGACGUGGGGCCUGGCUCGAAGCCGUGACGGCCUCGUCGGCGGCCCUGGCCCUGCUACGUCAGGGCUACGGAGCAGGAGAUGUUGAGCUAGCCAGAGAGGAAUGCAAGUUGGCGGGCUUGUCCCUUCGUGCUGGCAAGGUCGACAAAGCCCGCGAGUUGUGGUCAUCGGCUGCUGAAGUGCUGAAGCCCCUCAGCUGCUCCACUGAUCCAGACCUGGUGGAGGCGGAGGAGAUGCUCCGCCGACUGCCGCAACAGAAGGGAAGCGAGGUCCCGUCAUCACGGCAGCCUGAGCCGAUGCCGACAGUGACAGGCUUUGCUGCAGCUGGGAGCCGCAGCGACUUCGCUGCGGCCCUGCGGCGCCUCCAGAACGCCAUUGACACGGCGAGCUUGGGGAAGGGCCCCGGAAGUUCGAAACGUCCCCAGAGCAAGGUUGAGGCAGACACGACGACCGUGACUGACAGCUUUGCUGGGGCAAUCUUCGGGCUAGAGAGCCUGAACCUGUCUCCGGCCGAGAAAGCCAAGCUUCAGGCGGCCAUGAGUUCCGGCUGA